AUGAUAUAGAUAGAAUAAGUUAGGAUUUAAAAUAAAAUUAUCUAGAAAAAUUUCAAUCAAACUUCAAAGAAUUUUUACUAAAGUGCUACCGAUCUCCUUGUCAAAAAAAAUAAUGCCGAUUUUUGCUUUUGUAUAGAAUGGAGAAUUAGGAACAAAAUUAAUAAAUUUGCUUAUUUUUUCUUAAAAAGAUGUGCGCUCAUUAUUGCGGAAGACCAUAUAAAGUAAAUAUUUUUUAUUAAAAUAGAAAAAAAUUGGAAAUUUAUCUAGACAUUGCAAUAUAAAACAGACUAUCUAUCUUAAUUGAAAAAAUAGUGAAAUUAUCAUCCUGUAAUCACCAUUUAUUACUUUUAAUAAUAAUCGAUUAUAUAAAAAAUCUAAUAGGAGAGUUACCAUUCUUAGGAUAUUAUCAAUGA